AAACAUUAAAAAAAAAAAAACAAGAAAUUGCCUUAAGAUAAAACCCUGGCUUUAUAAAAUGGCUGGCAAAGCUCUUCCCUAGCUAUUCCCUGUCCACCAUUCAGCCUUCUCUUUCAACACUAGCCACUCGGGUUCUCUACAGAAACCAAUUGAUGUCCCCCAAUCAUCCAUGCUUUUUAAAGUCUCUGUGCCUUUGCCCACUCUAUGCACUUUGCCUCUAGUCCUGUUCACUCUCUCUUCACUAUAGACCUAACUUCUAUUCAUCCUACAGAACCCAGGCUCAGUUGGGACCCUUCUUACAGUGUAAUAGCCAUCUGUAUAUCCACCUAAUAGAGCAACCAUCAAGCGAAUAUGUAAUUGCCUAUCUACCCAACUAUUUCCCCUACCAAACUCCGAGUUUCUGGAGAGCAGAGAAUGUGUUUCAUUCAUCUUAUCUCCCCAAUAUUGAGCACGAUAUUGGCCUGGCACAAAGCAGGUAUUCUGAUUAUGACUUGUUGACUGAGAUGAUAGAAGUCAAAGGGAAAUCAAGUUAAGGGAGAAUUUUUAGGAUUUUUUUGUUUUGGUAUAGGAGAGAUUUAAGCAUGUUCAUAGAAAGGGAAAAUUGAAGGAGGUUGAGGAUCUAGAAGACACAUGGAAUAGCUGAUAGGAUCAGGUACUAGAGAUAACAGGAAAGGAAUGGGGGCAAAACCCCACAGGAUGGCCCCCCAUCACACUCAUCCAGUAGGAAAUGAGGUAAGGUGGGUGUGAUGUAGAUAAGGGUGCAGAUAAUGAAAACAGAGCUCACAUUUGAUGUGACAAGCAUUCUUUGUCCCUAGAGACUAGUUCAGCACCUGACACAAAUGAGCCAUUCAGUAAAUAGUUGUUAAAUGAAUAAAUAAUGAGGCCUAAGCAGGGAACUUGCACAAGGUAAAACAGAAUGACUGAGCCUACACUGGCACCCAUGUCUCCUGACUUAGAGGACCCCUAUGUAGUUCAGUUUGGUGGGGUGGGGGGAGCAACAAGGCCCAGCCUUACCUCUGAAGUAUGCACCCCCACCUUCUCCUGGGACCUCAUUAGAGAUGUUUAGUUGGGCAGGUGUAAGCCCAGGCCCUGGGAGACAGGGCGGGGUGAUGGAGCCACACUGCCUCCACCCCUUCUAUAGUGGCUGGCCCUGGUUGUGUUGCUAAGAGCUUCAGAAGCCAAAGACAGAGGAGUCACAGUGGAGACCAAGGGCAGCCUCUUCCAGGCAGGGAGGCACUAGCCCCCACCUCCUGAAGCUACCCACAGGUAGAAGCCCUGGAUAUCUCACAUCCAGGCAACAGACCACGGAAGCAUGAGCCAGGAGAGCAAAGUGAAGACAACAGAGUCCAGCCCCCCUGCCCCAUCCAAGGCCAGGAAGUUGUUGCCUGUCCUAGACCCAUCUGGGGAUUACUACUACUGGUGGCUGAAUACAAUGGUCUUCCCAGUGAUGUAUAACCUCAUCAUCAUCGUGUGCAGAGCCUGCUUUCCUGACUUGCAACACAGUUAUCUGGUGGCCUGGUUAGUACUGGACUACACAAGUGACCUUCUAUACCUACUGGACAUCGUGGUGCGCUUUCACACAGGAUUCUUAGACCAGGGCAUCCUGGUGGUGGACAAGGGUAGGAUUUCAAGUCGCUAUGUUCGCACCUGGAGCUUCCUGUUGGACCUGGCAUCCCUGAUGCCCACAGAUGCGGCCUACGUGCAGCUGGGCUUGCACACCCCUAUGCUGAGGCUGAACCGAUUUCUGCGUGUGCCUCGCCUCUUUGAGGCCUUUGACCGCACAGAGACCCGCACGGCUUACCCAAAUGCAUUUCGCAUCACCAAACUGAUGCUUUACAUUUUUGUUGUUAUCCAUUGGAAUAGCUGCCUAUACUUUGCCCUAUCCCGGUACCUGGGCUUCGGGCGUGACGCCUGGGUGUACCCUGAUCCCGCACAGCCUGGCUUUGAGCGUCUGCGGCGCCAGUACCUCUAUAGCUUUUACUUCUCCACCCUGAUCCUGACCACUGUGGGCGAUACACCACUGCCAGCACGGGAGGAGGAGUAUCUCUUCAUGGUGGGUGACUUCCUGUUGGCUGUCAUGGGUUUUGCCACCAUCAUGGGUAGCAUGAGCUCUGUCAUCUACAAUAUGAACACUGCAGAUGCGGCUUUCUACCCAGACCAUGCACUGGUGAAGAAGUACAUGAAGCAGCAGCACGUCAACCGCCGGCUGGAGCGGCGAGUUAUUGACUGGUACCAGCACCUGCAGAUCAACAAGAAGAUGACCAACGAGGUAGCCAUCUUACAGCAUUUGCCUGAGCGGUUGCGGGCUGAAGUGGCUGUGUCUGUACACCUGUCUACUCUGAGCCGGGUGCAGAUCUUCCAGAACUGUGAGGCCAGCCUGCUGGAGGAGCUGGUGCUGAAGCUGCAGCCCCAGACCUAUUCACCAGGCGAAUAUGUCUGCCGCAAGGGGGACAUUGGCCGGGAGAUGUAUAUCAUCCGUGAAGGUCAGUUGGCCGUGGUGGCAGAUGAUGGUGUCACCCAGUACGCUGUGCUUGGUGCAGGGCUCUACUUUGGGGAGAUCAGCAUCAUCAACAUCAAAGGAAACAUGUCUGGGAACCGCCGCACAGCCAACAUCAAGAGUCUAGGUUAUUCAGACCUGUUUUGCCUGAGCAAGGAGGACCUGAAGGAAGUCCUGAGCGAGUAUCCACAGGCCCAGGUCGUCAUGGAGGAAAAGGGCCGUGAGAUCCUGCUCAAAAUGAACAAGUUGGAUGUAAAUGCCGAGGCAGCCGAGAUUGCCCUACAGGAAGUCACAGAGUCCCGGCUGCGAGGCCUUGACCAGCAACUCGAUGAUCUACAGACCAAGUUUGCUCGCCUCCUGGCUGAGCUGGAGUCCAGCGCACUCAAGAUUGCUUAUCGCAUCGAACGGCUAGAGUGGCAGACUCGAGAGUGGCCAAUGCCUGAGGAACUGGCUGAGGCUGAUGAUGAGGGCGAGCCUGGGGAGGGAACCUCUCAGGGUGGAGAGGGCAGGAGUGCCCAGGAGGGACCCCCAGACCCAGAGUGACCCCAUUCUUAUCUCUAGGACCCCAAUCUCCAAGGGAAUCCAGAGUUGUAGGAAAAUCUGCCUGCAGAAACUCUGCCAUCCUGUCUGCUAGGUACAGAGAUAGGAAUGAGUUGGGGGUAUAGAUGCUCACUUAGAAGUAAAAGAGUAUAGCAUCCAUUCAUCCCCCACUCACCAGCACACACACACACACACACACACACACAGUUGAAUGUACACAUACUGCCCCCCAAGACUGCAUUCCAUAUAAAAUUCUCUGGAGUUUCCAUUUUCAGAACACAUAUCCUUUCUCACAAACAUAGGUAUGUCUAAUACCCACAUAACAUACAUACAUCCAUUCAUGCACUUCAUAAAGACACAUAUAGUGAGACACACACCAACAGACACACAGAUGCCUUCCACAGGUGUGCAUACCCUUGUGAACACAUAAAAACACACCCAGAGCCCUCUUCUUCCAAGAUAUCCUUUGAAUGCCUCCCAAUGGGAAGUUCACAAAUGUAGCCUGCAGGUUUUACUUCAAUAAAGUAUUUUCCUCCUCCCUAAGCAUUAUGGGGGUGACAGGAAAAGGCAAAGCCAAUGGUGGGCCAGAAUGAAUUCUGUCUGAAUUCUGAGUCAUGGGGGUGAAGGGCAUGGGCUGUGUAGUAGCUGGUAGGUUUGAUUCAAAGACGCUGGGGUACAUGAUGAAUUGAGAAUCAGUGCUGAGCCAAGGCAAAGCAGGGUUAUGCAUCACACUGUUUUAAGUGUGCACAUGCUUUCAUAGAUACAUUCACAUAUAUACACUGACCAUUUGUAUUUCAUUCCAGAGUAUGUAUCCUUAACUUUGUGAGCUCUGAGUGAUUUGACUUAGCUUAGUAAACCAGAGCAGACACCCCUGUUCCUUCUUCCUUCCUCUGGCCCAGCCCUGGAGCCUGGGGCUAGGGCUACCCCAUGUUCAGGACUGAUUUCAAAGGGAGAAUACACAGGGCCACUCACCUGGCCCUGCUGUACCCUGUCAGUUGUUGGAGCUGGCCUUGGUACUGCCAGAAAUCCAGCCCUCCCUCUCUAGAUGGUAUUUCAAAACACAGGGUGGUGAACAGAGACUAAGUAGAGUGGACCAUCAUGGUUGGCGACAACUGGAGAUUGGUGUUUGGGGAGUUUUUAAGUAACUUUGGCAUACUUGGAGGGAGACCUGUAGGUUUGGGACAGAGAAAGUGUUGUGGGGUCUCUGAGGAGGAAUCUUAUAUCAUGUCUGAAUCAUAUUCACCUGGCCACAAAUUUAGCUCCUCCAAGGCCUGGCAAGUCUUUGGUCUAAGCUGUGCCAGAUGGCAUUUUAGAAUGUACCUUGGAUUUAAUUUAUCAAUACGAUGUGAGUGGUGACACAUAGAGGUCAAUGCCAUGGAAAGAAGAGUUUAUUACUUAUAGUUCCCAAGAGGAGGGGGCACGCUGCACCAUGCCAGGCCACUCAGGGAAGCACCAGGGUAGUGAGGAACCAGAAGGAGCAAGGGGAAAACAUGGGCAAAAAGCUCCUACUUUGCUAGCAGUGGCAAGUUUUUAGGUGAGGACAUCCCUUCUUGGGCACGAAGAAAAACAGAUUUGGGGGCUUGGGGUUGGAGGACUUAUAAUAUGAUUUUCAAAAACCCAUGAAAGGGAGACCACAGAGGAGAUGUAAACAACUCUGGUCAUCAGGUUGGCCCAUGAUUUCAGGAUGCCAAAGCAUCAAUUACAGGAUAUCAAGAACAAUCGUUACAGGUACUAUAAGAGAAUGAAGGGUAGGGCCCUCAGUGCUGUCAGGGAAGGAUGUGUGGGAGCAUCUGCUGAUGUGUAGUUAUGGAGAUAUUUCCUCAGAACUGUUGCUGUCCUCAAAACCAAACAACCUUUUGUAUAUGGUGGAUGCAAGUGACAUAGGUGCACUCAGACAUGAAAGAUUGGAACAAAACUUUCUCAGAUAGCCAUAGGAACUCAGUCUGUGGCUGGAGUCAAGGUUGUCAGGAGGGACUACGAGGGUAAUUGCACAUUAACCCAUUUAGAAAUCUGUAGUUAUUUGUGAUCCCUUCCUCACAAAAUUUGAGAUCCACAGGCUGUCACUCAGUCUUUCUUAUUCAUCUCUAUAUCCUCAAGGCCAAAACUGUGCCUGACACGUAGUAUGUACUCAAAUAUAUAUUUGGUAACCAA